UGCAACAGUACAGCAUGUGAUUGUGUUCAGUGUUGUGAAGAUGUCAUGUUAAGUCAUGCAUUUGGGAUUAGUGUUUACAACGGCGGUUAUCAAGAGCCGUCAAAUGGCAUUGCAUAAAGUGUUUGUGUACGGCACUCUUAAGAAAGGUGAACCGAAUCAUUUUUACUUUACAAAUAAAGCUAAUGGAUAUGCGAAAUUUAUCUCGGCUGCAGAAACAGUAAAACGCUAUCCGUUAAUCAUCGAUACGCAAUUUAACAUUCCGUUCCUCAUUCAUAAGGAAGGGGUAGGACACAAUGUUAUUGGUGAAGUUUAUGAAGUUGAUGAUUCUAUGCUGAAGGCUUUGGAUGGUUUAGAAAGUCAUCCAGACUUGUACUGUAGGUUGGAAGACCAUGUACGGAUUCUUAAUGUAAAAGAAGUGAGCAGUGAAAUGCAACCAGUUCUCAAAUGCUGGAUUUACUUCAUUCUAAACCUGGAGAAAGAUAUUGGAAGUUCAUUUCUCAGUGAAUAUCAUUCUGAAGGACCUCAUGGGAAAUCAUAUGUGAGAAGGGAAAAGAAUGUGGAUUAUACUGUACUAAAGCAUCAGUUGCAUUGCAAAGAAUGAUAUUUUGUGAUGAUCAUAAAAAUUGACAUGGGGUACAUACUGCAAUAGCCAUAAUAAAAUGUGUGCUUUAUGUACAGAUUAAAAACUGGAAGUAGUCUAUAUUUAUAAUUUCAUGUAAACUGUGUUCAGUACAGUCUGAGGGAGAAAUAAAAUGGCUGCACAUUUA